CCCUAAUAGUAAUGAUAAUAUUUAUUUGUAGAGCACUUUCAUAGAAAGUCCUUUCCAAAGCAAAGAAUAAACAAAGCUAAAAGCAAACACAGUAACAAAUAAUUAAAACACCAUAAUCCUGAAAACUGAAGCAUAAAUGAACAAAAAGACAAUAAUACCUCAAGAACUACAUACAAUAGAAAACAGGUGGGUAAGACCUCAGUUGAACUUGACAGUCUAAUGUCAGACAGAAGGCUUUUCCAUAAUGUUAGGGCAUGAUAUAAAAAUAUGUUGUUUUCUUAACCUUUGGGACCUUCAGAAGACCACUCCCCUGAGAGUGUAGUGGACCUAUAGGUACAUAUGGUCUCACAAGAUCACUCGGGUAGCUUGGUGCUCUGCUAGUUAAUAUUUUAUAAGACAGAAGCAGUACUUUAAAAUCUGCUCUUGUCUGAACAGGAAGCCCCUCAAGAGAGCUGAGCACUGGAGUAAUAUCAUAAUUAGAUAAACUAGUCAAAACCCAUGGUGCUGCAAUAUGAACCAACUGCAGACCUCUAAAGAUUUUCUUGGGCAAACCUCACAGUAAAGCAUUGCUAUGAUGCACAAUGUCACAAAGACAUGAACUAGAACCUUGGCGUCCUUGAGUGCCAUCAUAUGUCUGAUUGUAGCCAUUUUUCUCACCUAAUUAAUGAGUGUCAAAUUAAAGGCUCUGAUCAAAAAACAACAAGAUGCUUACCAAAUCCUCAGAGUGGUUCACACAGUCAUCAAGACACAAAGAAAACUGGUCAUACUUAUGACUCACUCUUGCCAUUCCAGUCACUGACAUCUCAGUUUUAGCUGAGUUUAACCCGCUGGUGCUGCAUAUUAUUGAAAAUAAAAGUGGGCCAGGGACUGACCCUUGUAGACUUCAUACUUAAUAGUGCACGACUCAGAAAAUAAUUUAAAGCAUAUAUUGAGAUCUUUCUGGAAAGUACGGUCUCAACUGUUGACACACCUGAGAUGACAUAGUGUUUCAUAAGCCUGUUCUUAAGUAUUUUGUGGUCCACUGUUUCAACCACAGCGCUAAGGUCUAAUAACAAGAGAACAGAGGUUGAGUCAGAGUCCAACACAAGUAACAGAUCAUUUACCACUGUUAAAAGUGCCGAUUCUGUAGAGUCAUUAACUUGAAAGGCAGACAAAUAAAUCAUAUAUUAACUAGUAUUUCACAACUUGGUUAUAAGUUACUUUCUCAAAAGAUUUUUACAAAACCUCACACACCACAUAGGUUUAUAAUCCAUGAGCAGAUUCCAGGGUUGUUUAGUGUGAGCAUGAAAACAUAUUCUAAUAACAGUUUGUCAUUUCAGCGAUCAAUCAUUUCUGGCAGUAGUGUGCCAGAAACAUAAAAUAUGUUUCAGAAAAUCCUUCAUACAUUCCUUAAAUUUGUCUAAGCAAAUAUACAGAACUACAUUCAAGACUUUGAUAAUAUUAAACUAUUCUAGUGUGCAUUGGUUGUUAUUUAACCUGCAGUUAUUCCAAAUAAUUUUGAAUCUUUAGUAAAGUAUUUUUGUCACUCUUCUGUUAAUUCAUGACUCAUGUUCACCAUUGCUACCAGUGAAAAAGACAUUGUCUCCUUACUGAGAGGAUGAACUGCAGUAAGUGGAGAAUCUUAAAUAAAUGGUACAGCUAAUUAUAAAUCAACUUUUUUGGGGGGUCGACAGAAAACGAAACAUUACUGCUUUAGUAUUUUUCAUGUUAGGUAUAUACUUAAUAAAGCACUUUAAGCUAAAACCAAACUAGAAUGGUUUGAAACUGCAUUAAAAACAUUAAAUGUUUAUGAGGUAAAUAAUUGAAGUUAUGUUUUGAAAAGUGUGCAUAUUAUAUAAUAGUUAAAAUCUUUUGCAGGUUUGUCAAACAUGAUGUCAGAUGGAGAGUUCCUCAGGACAAGUUGUGGUUCUCCAAACUAUGCUGCUCCUGAGGUCAUCUCAGGAAGGUUAUAUGCUGGACCAGAGGUGGAUAUUUGGAGUAGUGGGGUGAUUCUCUACGCCUUGUUGUGUGGAACACUUCCCUUUGAUGAUGAUCAUGUGCCAACACUUUUUAAGAAGAUCUGUGAUGGGAUCUUCUUCACCCCACAGUAUCUGAACCCUGCAGUAAUAAGCUUACUGAAACACAUGUUGCAGGUGGACCCGAUGAAAAGAGCCACCAUCAAAGAGAUCCGAGAGGACGAGUGGUUCAAAAAAGAUCUGCCAAAGUACUUGUUCCCUGAGGACCCCUCCUACAGCAACAACAUGAUCGACGACGAGGCCCUGAAGGAGGUUUGCGAGAAGUUUGAGUGCACAGAGGAGGAGGUGCUUGCCUGCAUAUACAGUCGCAACCAUCAGGAUCCAUUGGCUGUUGCCUACCAUCUCAUCAUUGACAAUCGUCGCAUCAUGAGCGAAGCCAAGGAUUUCUACUUGGCAUCUAGCCCUCCUGACUCUUUUCUAGAUGACCAACACCUGACUUCAUCAGGUGCAGCGAUAGUGAAGCCUCACCCUGAGCGUGUACCUUUUCUCGUGGCGGAGACUCCUCCCAGGAGUAUCCGCCACACACUGGAUGAACUGAACCCUCAGAAGUCCAAGCACCAGGGUGUUAGGAGAGCCAAGUGGCACCUGGGUAUACGCAGUCAAAGUAGACCAAAUGAUAUCAUGACCGAGGUGUGCCGUGCAAUGAAACAGCUGGAUUAUGAGUGGAAGGUUGUGAAUCCAUAUUAUCUGCGUGUGAGAAGGAAGAAUCCUGUUACUGGGAUGCUUGCCAAGAUGAGCCUUCAACUGUACACAGUGGACAGCAGAACCUACCUCCUUGACUUCCGUAGCAUAGACGAUGAUAUGUUGGAGACAAAAUCUGGAAGUGCUACCCCUCUGCGCUCUGGCUCUGUGGGCAACUACCGGACCGCUAUUAAGAACGAUGUAGAUGGAGCAGAGCUUCCAGGUACACCUAGUACCGUGCACCCCACCAAGACUGGAGAAGGCUCUUUGACGUCAUCGUUGACCUCAUCCAUCGAUUCCACAGGAGGCGGGGACAGUGCAUCUGUCCCUCGACCAGGAAGCCACACCAUUGAGUUCUUUGAGAUGUGUGCAAAUCUUAUUAAACUACUUGCACGAUAG